CACCUCGAGCUCAACAGGAGGAGAGGAGGACAGUCACAGCAGCAAAGUAUGCACACUUACAAACAGCCCCAAUUCCGCGUUUACUUCAACACAAGGAUCUCUCAGCGUUCAUGGAUACUCCCACCUUUGCAUGUCAUUUCCACUGCAGCUUCAAACAUGAAUCGUGCAUAGACUUGAAAUCGCUUCUCCCGCGCGCAGACAAGGAUAGAGAAAAGAGACGUGUGUACUGUCCAAACUAACUGCAAAGACGCAGGAUGGCUAAAGAGAUCAGAGGGAGAGCGACCCUACGCAAGCAAAGCGCUUCUCACUGGCGCAUGCAGAACAUCACCCAGGAAUCUGUUGACAGCUCAGAUGAUGAGUUUUUUGAUGCCCGAGAGGUACUGGAGGGGAAGACGGCCAUGCUUUUGGGCAUGAGUCAGUGGAACUCUAAUGAUCUCGUUGAACAGAUAGAAACCCUGGGCCACAUCGACCAGACGCAGGAGAGUCUGUACCGUGUAAGGAGGCUGAAAUGUGUCCCUCAGACUAGCAUUGAUGGUCUAGAGGAAGCUGAGAACAAAUGUCAAACACAUGUGCUGGUGUUGGUGGUUCAUGGGGGAAACAUACUGGACCUAGCGGGUGGAGAGGCAGGCGCAAAGACUGCAGAUGUAAACACCCUGUCCUCAGUGCUGGAGAAAGUAUCUCAAGAUCAUUUCCAAGCUGCAGCUCAGCAUGUCGUCAUCAAGUUGGUUCCAUGCCCAGCCGUAUGCGCAGAGGCCUUCUGCCUUGUGUCAAAUCUGAACCCUUACAGCUACGACGAGAGUUGCGUGUCCAGCAGCGUAGACCAUCUACCUCUGGCCGCUUUACCACUGCUCGCCAUUGCUGCUCCACACUACCAAGAUGCUGUCGCAACUGUGAUCGCCCGGGCCAACCAGGUGUACCACAGCUUUCUGCAGUCUCCAGAGGGACAGGGGUUCACAGGGCAGGUGUGUUUGAUGGGUGACUGUGUGGGAGGUGUGCUGUGUUUCGACGCUCUCUGUUUCAGCAACAGCCCACGACACAGCAGCCCCAUCCACACCAGCCGACAUAACAGCACAGAGAGCUUAAAGGAUAACCCUGAGGUCAGUCCGAGUCUGAGCUCCAGCAAACGUCUUAGCAGGAGCAACAUUGACUUAUCUGCCCCCAGUGAGACCCGCAACAGGAAAACUCCACUCAGCCGCAAACAGAGCGACUCGUAUGAUGGAGACUCCUCUGGCAGCCAGCACCCCCCGUUCCUCAGCAGUGUUUUUUCUCCAGUCGAUGAAAUCCACAGCUACCCUGAUGUAUUCCUGCCCGGGAGCACGGUUCCUGUGGGCGCUCCGCACUCCUCCUCUCCCCAGACGGAGCACAGUGCAGGUGGGCGGGUGGGCCGAGAGGUCCGAAGGUCCAGUUUGACCAGCAUGGACAGCCAGUUUUCAGGCUGCUGGGAGAGCAGGCUGAGCAGCACCAUCACCAACAUUUCCAGUAGCUGGUGGGGGUCUAAGCGGUUGGAUUACGCUCUGUACUGUCCGGACGUUCUGACAUCAUUCCCCACAGUGGCUCUUCCUCAUCUGUUCCACGCGUCUUACUGGGAAUCCACUGAUGUGGUCGCCUUCCUUCUGCGACAGGUGAUGCACUGUGACUAUGUGAAAGCUCAAGAGAUGGACAACUCUGACUCCGCCCCCUUCUCACCUUCAAGUCCGAGGGAGAAGUGGCUACGCAGACGCACACACGUCAAGCUUAGGAAUGUCACCGCCAACCACAGAGUCAAUGAUAUCAUCGUGACCGAGGACGGGCGUCAGACCCUGGUUGGUCGUUUCAUGUACGGACCGCUGGAUAUGGUGACCCUCACUGGGGAAAAGGUCGAUGUGUACGUGAUGACCCAGCCACAGUCAGGUCGCUGGAAGCACUUAGACACCGAGAUGACCAACAGCAGUGGCCGAGUGACCUACACCAUCCCCAAAAGCAAAAAGCUGGCUGUGGGGGUCUACCCCAUCAAAAUGGUUGUCAAGGGUGACCAGACAAGCGCAGAGGCCUUCCUGACGGUCUUGCCUCGGGGGAUGGAGUGUGUCGUCUUUAGCAUUGACGGUUCAUUUGCCGCUAGCGUCUCCAUUAUGGGCAGCGACCCUAAAGUACGGCCCGGAGCUGUGGAUGUGGUCAGACACUGGCAGGACCUGGGCUACCUGAUCAUUUACAUCACUGGCCGUCCAGACAUGCAGAAGCAGAGGGUUGUGUCCUGGCUGUCUCAACACAACUUCCCCCAGGGGAUGAUCUUUUUCUCGGAGGGGUUGGUGCACGACCCUCUUCGCCAGAAAACCAUCUUCCUCAGGAACUUGGUGCAAGAAUGUCACAUUAAAAUCAACUGUGCCUAUGGCUCCAUGAAGGACAUUUCCGUCUACAGCAUGCUGGGCCUCAACCCCAACCAGAUAUAUAUAGUGGGACGGCCCUCCAAGAAGUACCAGAAUCAAUGCCAGUUCCUGAGUGAGGGCUAUGCAGUACAUCUCUCCUCCCUGCAGUUCAGAGCCCGGCCCAAGAAGAGCUCUUCUGUGCGAAUGGUUCUUCGAAAGGGCUCAUUUGGUCUGUCAGCCAAACCAGACUUCCUGUGUAAGCGGACACACCUUCGCCGCACCAUGUCGGUGCAACAGCCUGAGCCACCCAUGACACCCAACCCUAAACCAGAGCGAGCUCAGAGCCAGCCCGAGUCGGACAAGGACCACGGGGGUGGAGGGGGUCCAGGCAAUGCCAUGUGGGCACGGGGGUCUAUGCACCGUGGCGACACCACUCCCUGACCCAAGAGAAACAUAGGAGGGAUGGAAAAAGGACAGAUGGAAAUGAUCUCUUGGUGGACAGAGCCCAGCAUCUUUACUCCUUCUGAUGAUAUCACAACAUAAAAUAAGACAAAUCCCACCUGAGCUGAUAAAAACUCCAUAGUGGAGUGCCCUCCGCAUGGAUUUGACACAACGACGCACAAACUCUGAGUCCUGGUGCUUUGUUUCGGCAACAGGAGCAGAGGAGAAUUCAGUUUCUAAAUUCAGUUUCAUCCAUGCUUCAUCUGUCCGUGAUGAUUUGAAGAUGUACGUCGGGAGCUUCUGGAUUUAUUUAGCAUCGUACGAAGGAUUCCUCGCUUCACCCAUCAGGAACAAAGAGGAUAUCUGAUAAGAUCCUCAGAGAAAACAUAAAAUUUCCUCACGCCUAAGCAAUACAGAGGAAGAGUAUCCCGCUGCUCGGACAGGUGGCUGUGCUGACUCCUACAAUAAUCCCUCUGUUUUAAUAUUGCAGGCAUUUGCCUGCUCUCUGGGCGACUGUCUGUGGCCCACUUGUGGCCAGACGGCCUUGCAAACUGUACAUUAACCUUUUGUGCCAGUGUGGUGACCUGGCCUGAACUCUUGUCGCCCCUGUCUCUGUUCAGCCGCUCAGCCAGAACAGAGUCUGACAGCGAUGGCCACUGCUCCUGAACUCCGCCCACACCUCUGCUGGGUCACGCCACAACUCGUAGCUCUCUGCUACACUGCAGAAGCAUAUUUACAACUAUCGUUGGUUCUUCUUGUGCCUGUCUCUCACUUGUGUUGUAAAAUAUGCAGUAAGUGGCACUGAGGCAAACUGAUUGUAUAUAAUGUAUUUGGGUGUGGCAAUAGCUGACUGUGGCAGUGCUCGCACUGCAAUAAAGCAUUUUCUUAAUUAGUGUUUUUGUCUCUUUUUCCAGUGCAAAUAUUUAAACAUUCUUAAAACAAGAUAAAUUUACUUGAAGCAUAAGAAUUAUUUUCAGACAGUAUAUCUUUGGACUAAAUAAAUAAAUACAUGGAAAUAUUUUAAGAUUAUAGCAAUAGUGUAAGAAAAAUACUCAUAGUAAUAAACAUGAAUGCAAGGAUGCAUUAAAUUGAUCAAAAGUGAUAGUAAAGAUGUAUACACUGU